AUUUUGACGAUGACUUUAAUUGAUUUAAAAGUCAAAGACACGGGCUAUUACAGAUGCGAAGGAACGAUUCCUUUGUACGGUCGAAAACGAUUCGUUUAUGUCUCCAGUACCGAAAAACUUAUUUUUAUAACAAAUGGAAAUUACUAUGCUAAUUCCAUGUCAGAAAAAGAAAUAAAAAACGACAAUAGUCGCACCAUCUCUUUCGUGACAACUCAUCCGAACGUCAGCAUUUCACUUUUCAAGGAUGGAACAAAACGGGAUACGUACCUCGAGGUUUGGAAUUCCUCAAACAAAAAUUCGAGAUGGUCGUUUGAUCCUAGAAAUGGAUUGACGUUGCAGAAUCCAACCGUUUUCGACUCGGGAUUUUAUUAUGUUUUCGCCCAUUUGCUCUUUGUUAACGGAAAACCCGUUAACAUAACACUUUCCGACCGUUACGGACAAAUAACGAAACAGUUAAUACGCAGAAUCUUCCCAGUGGAUCGGAUCGACGUUAUCGACGAGAUCGAAUUUCAUUUAGUUGUAAAAGGCAAUCAGAAUUGUGACAUUACCCUCGUAUAAAACUUGUCAAAAUUG